CACCUUCUCUUUUUCCUCACCCCUCUAUAUAUAUUCAUCGCUCUUCUGCCACUUGGUGCAACUUCAUGUUCUUCAUAUGCUUCCAAUAACAAAUCCUAAGAAAGUUCAACAAUGGAGUUCCACCACCACCAUACCCAUGGAUUCUUGGAAGAAAUAUUAGAUUCAAACAUUCCCUUUGGAAUCAAUGACAUUGAUGAUCAAUUUGACCAAAAUGCCCUCUUCUCUACACCUACCACUUUUCUUGAAAGCUCACCUCUUUUCAUCACCUCUCAAACCUCUUGUUCUACUAAAGACUUUUCACUGCCCUUCAUCUUUGAUUCACAAACCCUAAAUUGUUCUUCAUUUGGUCAACAUUUCAUCCACCCUUUUGUUGACCAUGACCAGUCAUCUGCUGGCCUUCAUGACGACACUACCAAUAUCAAGCUUGAAUCUUCACCAUUGAUUCAUCAAGAUUACUAUUCUGUGUUUUCAAUGCUGGAUGAUGUAGAAAACUGUCAUUUCCUACACGAUGUGGGUAAUCGGGUCGAUAACCUGGAAAUGCGGGACCCGAAUGUUGCUAUGGGUGAGCCCGAACCCCAGAGACGACACGAGUUCAACAUGGGGAAGAAUAGUAAAAACUGUAAAGUUGAGGGACAACCUUCGAAAAAUUUAAUGGCGGAGAGAAGGAGGAGGAAAAGAUUGAACGAUAGACUCUCCAUGCUUCGAUCGAUUGUACCAAAGAUCAGCAAGAUGGAUAGAACAUCAAUACUUGGAGACACAAUUGACUACAUGAAGGAAUUGAUUGACAAAAUCAAUCAUAUGCAAGAAGAAAUGGAUAUUUCCUCCGAUCAAUUAAAUUUAAUGACUACAAAGCCUAAAGAAAUAUAUAUCAGAAAUUCACCAAAGUUUGAUGUGGAUCGGAGAAAUACAGAUACACAUGUUCAAGUAUGUUGUACAAGUAAACCCGAGCUAUUGAUAUCGACAAUAACAACACUUGAAGCUUUGGGCCUCGAGAUUCAUCAGUGUGUUAUAAGCUGCUUCAAUGAUUUCGCAAUGCAUGCUUCCUGCUCUGAGGAAAUGGAGCAAAGAGUAAUUAUAAAUUCAGAGGAUAUAAAGCAAGCUUUAUUUAGAAACGCAGGAUAUGGAGGAAAGUGUCUCUAAAGAUAUUAUAUAUGACCCUUCAUUCUUUUCACUACGUUGAUUAUUUAUCUUUUCGGAUAUUAAAAAAUAAAAAGAUUCAUAGACUUUAAAAUUGUAAUUUAUGUGAUAAUUAUUGAAGGAUAAAACUGUAAUUUUGUUAGGAUAGAGAGGCUGUAGCUGG